AAAUAAUGAAUGUGAUCUCCAUGUAUAAAAGAUAAAUGGUCUCUUUGUAGACAAUCCCUAUUACCAAAUGGAAAUUUAUGUUAAUGGAAUCUCUUUUACCAGUAAUGUUAAAGGAAAAUUGACUUUUAAUUAUCUUAUGGGUUCUUGUUUGCAUCAAUUACUCUGGAUUUUUAUGUUUCAUACUCAUGUUCUUUUUAGGUCCUUACCUUUUUAAAAAUGAGCCUUGUUCAUUGAUUUGACACAAGGACAUGGGUUGGGACUUGUUGGGAUCCCAAGCCUGAUUCAUUGUGUCUGAAUCGGCUGACUCAGCUGAAUCUAUGUAAAAAAUAACACAGCAGGCCGUAGAACUGGGAACCGGCACUCUGUUGGGCCUGAGUAGCUACGGCACCGAGUUUAACACUCUUUUAAUUUUUUUGAUAUCGAUCAUUGAAGUCCACUAAGUGAUGUAGUUCAUUAUGCACCAUCUUGUAUUUUGAGUUUAAGUUGAGAGUAAUCCAUGUGACCACAGGUUUAAAACAUCCCAGUGAUGGCUCCACCGCCACCAAACACUGGCCUUUUUGUAGGACUAGACAAAGGCCAUGUUGUGACCAAAUGAGAGAUUGAUCCUCGCACCUCGGACAGAAAAGGGGUGUACUGUUUUCUUGGUUCUCUCUCAAAUGCUAUCUCUGUGAUUUCAUGAUGGCAAAGAAUGGAUCACAUGCAAGAACAAUUAGAGAAGAAAUUAAAGGCAAAAAGGCUUCAAACGUUAGUGGGACUCAUAACCUAAAUUCUCUGAAGAGAAUUCAACACUUGCACAGAUUGGCUACAUUGUUAUCUGGAAAAGCUUCUGUACCUUGUCUGGGUGCUCUCUUAGGACGUACAUUGGCCGCUCAUGAAGAUGCCCUUGGGAUACCACCUCUUGAAUCAAAUUUCUUUUCUUGCCAAAGAUGCAAAACCAUUCUUCAGCCUGGUUUUAACUGCAGUGUUCAAGUAGAAAGAAAUAGAUGCGAAAAAUGCCAUGCCAAGCGUGGCUUUGCCCCACAAAACAAUGUGGUAUACAUUUGCACUUUUUGCUCCUACAGGAACAUAAGAAGAGGAACGCCUUGGGGUCACCUCAAGGCACUUUUUGUCCAAAGACCCGAUCUUGAGGUAGGAAGAGAUGCAGAAGCAGAAAUCAAGGGUGGGAUACCCAAUGACGAGAUAGAAAGAAUUGGGUACUGAAAAACCUAAGCAAUACCCAAUAGACAAAGCUGGACAGAGAUUGAAAACAAAUGAAAAAAUUGUCAAUUUGGAGGGAAAUGACAAAUACAGCCAAGAGAACGAAAAAGAAUCCAGCAAUGCAAAACAAAAUCAAGAGAGAGUGAAAGAUCCCAGCACUGGAGAACCACAACAAAGCCCUGUAGAGAAAGCUGGCACCAAACCGAUAACAGAAGGGAAAUCUGGCUUUCUGGAGAGAACUGAGGCCAUUAUCGACUCUCCCAUGUUAAAGACUAUGGAAACUCCCUUAGGAAAACCAGUUUGUGUUUCAUCAAUGAAGAGGGGGUCUGAAUCGAAUUCUUCGACUGGAAAUUCACAGAAGCAGAGGAGGAAAUUAUGGUCAAGUCUGAAAGAGCUAGCAACCGGUGGCAAGUCGAUUCCAUUUAUGGGAUGAGAUAAAAUGGCUUGUCGAAAUUUGUUUUAUUUUGUGAGAUAAUUUAUUGUUUUUGGACGGAAUUUGUUUUUG